GCUUCUGGACGGCUUGGGGUCGCGCAGCCGCAGCCCCAGUCCAGAGGCUCCAGGCGGUGCCCUGGGCGCUGCCGCCGCUGCUGCUGCUGCGGGUCUCCAGCCGCUACCCGGGCCCCCUCUGCCACCCGGGCCCCGGAUGCCGUCUGCACUCCGGUCGAGCCUGCUGGAGAGUGCGCCCCAGCCUGGACGCCGCCCCCGGCCUGGUCUCCACUCCUCUGCCGCACCUCCCAUGACAGCACCCGCUCGAAGAUGGCUGCGAAGGGCGCGCACGGCACCCACCUGAAGGUGGAGAGCGAGAUGGAGCGCUGCCGCGCUGAGGGCCAGUGGGACCGCAUGUUCCAGCUGGUCCGGCAUCUGCAGGUGCUGGGCAUUUCCGGCGGCGGCAGUAGCAACCGGCGAAGCAGCCCGAGCGGCAGGUUCAUCUCUCUGGACACCGAUGACUUUGGGAAAUUGCUGCUAGCAGAGGCCCUUCUGGAGCAGUGUUUGAAGGAUAACCACGACAAAAUAAAAAACUCCAUCCCUUUGCUGGAGAAGACGGAUUCCAGGCUGAACGAAGCCAGGGACCACCUGAGCAGCAUCCUUAACAAUGGGAAGCUACCGCCACAGUACAUGUGUGAGGCCAUGCUGAUCUUGGGUAAGCUGCAUUAUGUGGAGGGCUCAUACCGGGAUGCUGUCAGCAUGUACGCCCGGGCUGGGAUCGAUGACAUCUCCGUGGAGGACAAGCCCUUGUAUCAGAUGCGGUUGCUGUCGGAGGCUUUUGUCAUCAAAGGCCUCUCCCUGGAACGCCUGCCCAACUCCGUCGCCUCCCAUAUCCGCCUGACUGAGCGGGAGGAGGAAGUGGUUGCCUGUUUUGAGAGGGCCUCGUGGGUGGCUCAGGUGUUCCUGCAGGAGCUGGAGAAGACCUCAAACAACAGCACAUCAAGACACCUGAAAGGCAGCUUGUCGGUUGACUAUGAAUUGUCCUACUUCUUGGAAGCUGCCCUCCAGAGCGCGUACGUGAAGAACCUGAAGAAGGGGAACAUCGUGAAAGGCAUGAGAGAGCUCCGGGAGAUUCUGAGGACCGUGGAGACCAAAGCGACGCAGAACUUCAAAGUGGUGGCAGCCAAGCACCUGGCAGGGGUCCUGCUGCACUCCCUGAGUGAGGACUGUUACUGGAGCCCCCUGUCCCACCCUUUGCCUGAGUUCAUGAGCAAGGAGGAGAACUCUUUCAUCACUCAGACCCUUCGGAAACCUCACCUCUACGAAGGAGACAACCUCUACUGCCCAAAAGACAACAUAGAGGAGGCCCUCUUGCUGCUGCUCAUCAGUGAGUCCAUGGCAACUCGGGACGUGGUACUGAGCCGGGCACCAGAGCAGGAGGAGGACCGGAAAGUGAGCCUGCAGAAUGCUUCAGCCAUUUACGACCUCCUAAGCAUCACACUGGGCCGGCGAGGCCAGUAUGUCAUGCUUUCUGAGUGCCUAGAACGAGCCAUGAAGUAUGCAUUUGGAGAAUUUCACCUUUGGUACCAAGUGGCCCUCUCCAUGGUGGCUUGUGGGAAGUCAGCCUACGCCGUGUCGCUGCUACGUGAGUGCAUGAAGUUGCAGCCCUCGAACCCCACAGUGCCCCUGAUGGCUGCCAAGGUCUGCAUUGGGUCCCUGCACUGGCUGGAAGAAGCAGAACACUUUGCCAUGGUGGUAAUUGGCCUUGGAGAGGAAGCAGGAGAGUUCUUGCCUAAAGGUUACCUGGCCCUGGGCCUCACCUAUAGCCUGCAGGCCACUGACGCCACCCUGAAGUCCAAGCAAGAUGAACUUCACCGCAAGGCACUGCAGACACUGGAGCGAGCCCUGGAACUGGCACCCGAUGACCCCCAGAUUAUCUUCUAUGUCUCCCUGCAGCUGGCCCUCGUCCGACAGAUCUCCAGUGCUAUAGAGCGUCUUCAGGAGGCCCUGACGGUGUGCAGGGAUGACGCCAAUGCCCUCCACUUGCUAGCACUGCUCUUCUCUGCCCAGAAGCAUCACCAACAUGCCCUGGAUGUCAUCAACAUGGCCAUCACCGAGCAUCCUGAAAAUUUCAACCUGAUGUUCACCAAGGUGAAGCUGGAGCAGGUGCUGAAAGGCCCGGAGGAAGCCCUCGUGACUUGUAGGCAAAUGCUGCGACUGUGGCAGGCCCUGUACAACUUCUCUCAGCUGGGGGGCCUGGAAAAGGAUGGCAGCUUUGAAGGCCUCACAGUGAAGAAACAAAACGGGAUUCACCUGACUCUUCCGGACGCCCAUGACGCAGACUCUGGUUCUAGGCGGGCAUCAUCGAUUGCAGCCUCAAGGCUGGAGGAGGCCAUGUCAGAGCUAACCAUAACGACCUCGGUCCUAAAGCAGGGCCCCAUGCAGCUGUGGACCACACUGGAGCAGAUCUGGCUCCAGGCUGCUGAGCUGUUCAUGGAGCAGAGACAACUCAAGGAAGCAGGUUUCUGCAUCCAGGAGGCUGCUGGCCUCUUCCCCACCUCUCACUCGGUGCUCUACAUGCGAGGCCGGCUGGCUGAGGUGAAGGGCAGCUUUGAAGAGGCCAAGCAGCUGUACAAGGAGGCACUCACCGUGAACCCGGAUGGUGUUUGCAUCAUGCACAGCCUGGGGCUGAUUUUGAGUCGGCUGGGCCACAAGAGCCUGGCCCAGAAGGUGCUGCGGGAUGCCGUGGAAAGGCAGAGCACCCACCACGAAGCAUGGCAGGGCCUGGGUGAGGUGCUGCAGGACCAAGGCCACAAUGAAGCUGCUGCUGACUGCUUCCUCACCGCGCUGGAGCUGGAGGCCAGCAGCCCUGUGCUCCCCUUCUCCAUCAUCGCCAGAGAGCUGUGAGCAUCUGCAGCAGCUGCAGGCUGUCCGCAGGCAGGGGGGCAGGGAAGGGCACCAUCCGGAUGUGGGGGCCUCAGGGAAUAGAUGACUAGUGAACACUUCCACGGGCUCCCAUGCCACUUCUCCCCCACACUCCACACCCUGCAGGCCCACAUGGGCCUGAGCUCCUGUCUGAAACUGGGUGGACAAGAUUUGCAUCCAAAGCAAAUGCCUUGCUCCCCAGAGGCUGACUUUGCCGAGCUCCUUUCGGAUAAAAGGUGUGUCUUAGAGCCCAGACCCGUCCUCAGCCUCCUGAGCCCCUGGACGUCCUGCUUUGGAGUGAACCAGUCUUGAGUUUGUGUACCAUAGAGAUGAACUUGCUUGCCAGCCGUCCUCCGGCUGGCCAGACUUUUCCUGGAUGCCUUUCUUUGUGCCUUGGGAGACAAACUGGCUUGAAUCUAAGUGACCUCACAGAGCUGUGAGCAGGCAUGCUGGAGAACCCCGGAUACAUUCCCCCAACCAGUCUCCCGGCAGUGCAAACUUGCAGCCUUGCCGAGGACAGCCACAGCUUAAGGUCUCAGACAGGGAGGACAGUGGUCUCCUGGGCCCUGUCAGACUGAAUCAGCGCUGUUGAUUGUCUGGUGUUUCCUUUGUGGGGGCUACACGUGUGUUCUAUGUACCACCACCAAGUGCCUUUGGGAAUUUUGUCAGGCCAGGUCUCUAAACACGUUCAUGGUCAUCUCCCUAGAGACACGCCCCAGCCAGUAAACUCCGAGGGCCCCUUGCCAGGGGCCUCUGGGACAGGCCUUGGAAUAUUAAACAGGGCUCUGACCUAGCCAUUUCUAGUACCUUGAGUGCACAGUCCUUCAAGGCUUUCCCUACAGUGCAGGCCCCGCCCACUUGGGUGAGUGACACCAGCCCAGUUCACCUCAUCUUCCACUGCCCAGUCUUCACCUUAGACUUUGCUGAGUGACCCAAAGCACCCGCUUGGCCUUUCAUGCUCCCUGCUCAGAUUCCCAUGGAGGCCAUGCUUGGGUAGAAACGAAAGAGGGACCUGACUGCCUCGCCUUUCUUUGCCCUGUGCUCUGUCACAUCGCUGGGCAGAUGUCCCUUCCUGACUCAUCAGCCAUGCACUCUAGUUUUGAAACUCCCUCAGGAAGCCAUCCCCCACACCUAGCAGAGAGUGCCUUUCUGUCUCCCCUCUCUCUGGGUGGAAGCUCCUUCUGGUCUACCUUGCUCUUGUAUUAGAAUGUGUCAGGAGGGUUGAGAGCUGCCCCAUGGCCAACCACAGUUUCCUUGGAAGGAGAAAGCCCUUGGAGAUGGGCUCCUUUGUACUGACUUACCCUGCUUGUCUCCUCGUGUCCCCAGAGAGCCAGUGCCUUCUAGCCACAGCCACAGGCCAAGGGGAGGAUAUUCAGUCCUUGGUUGAAUGGUCUAUGUGUCUAUGUGUAUAUAAAUAUAGAUAUAUAUAUGCGAGAGAUCUAUAUUUUUAUGGCAUUCUCUUAGAGUUAAGAAAAAAAGCAGAUACUGCUCAUACACCUUGGUGGUCGGUCUUGGCGGUGGGAAAGACAGCAAAUGCAUCUGACUUAGCAUUACCUCUUUGGAGGCCAUGGGAGACAGGCCCAGCACUUCACAAUAUCUUUAGAAAUUGAAUAAAAGACCCGUGAAGGGGAAAGGGGA